AGCGUGCGGCUGUUCCUAAAAAACUUUUUAUUUUAAUCUUAGGUUUACGGCAUAGUUUUUAGUGAAAAUACAAUAAAAUUGUUGCUAAUUUAUUCGAGUAACGUCUCGUACGAGUGAUUCUGCUAAAAGUGUCAUAGUUGAGAGAACCCUCUUGCGGCGCAACGGCAGAACUAAGGGAAUUAGCCCAAGGCGUAUUUGACGGAAAAGGGGAUUUCGCAUCGGGACAAGGCAACGAGGCAGCGCAUUUCGAAGCUAACACACACAACAUCAAAUGUAUAUAUUAGAUUUCUAAGAAGUUAAAAUUUUUUAGUUUUCUAAUUAGUGUUAAGUACCUAUUUUUUAAAUUAGCGAUAAGUUUAGUCUACUGAAGGGUAAUUAACACACACGCAAAAACAAGUCAAGAACUAAUGCAUUCUACAAACAAAAUGCACCAAAAUAACAGCAAUAACGUAGCACCAUCAAUGGACGACCACGAGCGGGGCAAAUUGUUUGUCGGCGGCUUGAGUUGGGAAACGACGCAAGACACGCUGCAGCGGUAUUUCAGUCGUUACGGCGAGGUAAUCGAUUGCGUCGUGAUGAAGAACAACGAAACGGGUCGUUCGCGCGGCUUUGGCUUCGUUACGUUCGCCGAUCCGGAUAAUGUGGAACGCGCUCUCGAAAAUGGGCCGCAUACGUUAGAUGGGCGCACGAUCGACCCGAAACCCUGCAAUCCGCGUUCGAUGCAUAAACCGAAACGCACGGGCGGCUAUCCGAAGGUCUUUUUGGGCGGCCUUCCGCCAAAUGUCACGGAAACGGAUUUACGUAACUUCUUCAGUCGCUACGGGCAAGUUAUGGAAGUUGUCAUUAUGUACGAUCAGGAGAAGAAAAAAUCGCGCGGUUUUGGAUUUUUGUCCUUCGAAAAUGACCCGGCUGUCGAUCGUGCCACGCAAGAGCAUUUUGUCAAUUUGAACGGGAAACAAGUCGAAAUUAAGAAAGCGGAGCCUCGUGAUGGACAUCAAGGCGGCGGACAAAUGGGCGACCCGUACCAAUGGGGAAAUCAACAAGGCGCUCCAAUGGGUAACGGACAAAUGGGAGGACCUCCGAUGGGCGGCAUGCCAAUGGGCGGCGCUAACAUGAUGCAAGGUUAUCAGGGAUGGGGUUCGAACAAUCAGGCUCCCUAUGCAGGCGGUUACGGCAAUGCCGGCGGCUACAAUCAACAAUGGAAUGCUCCGCCGCCGCAACAAUGGGGCGGAUAUAAUCAUCAGGCAACAAAUCAAGGAUAUGGCGCCGGUUAUGAUAUGUAUGCAAGCGGCACUGCUGGAUCGACGGGCGGUUAUAGCAACUGGAAUGCCGCCGGAAAUUGGCCUCAUAAUUCGGCAUCGACAGGCGCCGCGCAACCCGAUAUGUAUUCGGGACGCCCCCAAUCGGGACCCGCAGCAGGCCCGCCCUCCGCUACGGCAGUUACGGGAAGCGCUUCCAAACCCGGAUCUGAUUACAGCGGAUAUGGCGGUUACAAUAAUUACCAAUCCUACGAUCAAUCGUCAUACAAUCAAAGUCGUCCCAGAUCCGCGUAUGGCGGCAACGACGCGACUUCUCAACCUGCUUAUCCAGCUUUCUAAGAAAAAAAAAUAAAAAAAAAUCUUCUUUCAAACAAGCAAGUAAGAAUAAAUUGAAUGACUUAUUGAUUUAUAAAUAUACAUAAAAAAAAUAACAAAA